AAUGCCAUUCAAGCCUGUGGAGCACCCAAAAUGCCCGAAGUGCGGCAAAAGUGUGUACGCCGCAGAGGAGAUGUCCGCCGGCGGAUACAAAUGGCACAAGUUCUGCUUCAAGUGCAACAUGUGCAACAAGCUUCUCGACUCGUGCACUGUUGCUCCGCAUGAGGCAGAACUCUACUGCAAACAGUGCCACGGACGCAAAUUCGGACCAAAGGGAGUCGGAUUUGGACUUGGUGCUGGAUGCUUGACAACUGAUUCCGGAGAAAAGUUCGGUGGAUCCAAACAGACGUAAUCGAAAGAAAAACAUUGUUAUCAAUCUCAAAAACUCGUCAGGGGAUAAGCAAUCGUCCUAUGACAGCCGAGGCAUUCACCGCACCAAUCAAUCCUUCCCAUAGCUGAACUUUCUCUUUCACUUUUCAAUUUUUAUUCAAUUUUCUAUAAUAUUCCUCAAUUGCUAAAAUUUUCAACUUUUUAAUUGGACAUUUCUCAAUUAUUACUAUUAUUAUUAUUAUUAUUACUCUAAUAAUGACAUUUUCAAAUAAUUGAAUACCCCUGGUACUUUCGUUCCUACUAAUAAAUAUUGUUAAGCUUCAAA